GAACCAUCUUCUACCGACUCUGUACCGAUAGAUGCCACUUAACUCUAUAUAAUUAAUUAGUGCACCUUUUAAUGUUUAUCAACACAAAUCACAAUCCGCAGCACUUCGGUGGGAGACAGAAUUGAAAUUCCAUGCACAAGUUCAUUCAAUUAAUUGCUACAAGUUUACUUUAUCAAAAUGCAUCUAGUGUGGCCAGUGCUUAUGGCGUUUGGUGUAAUCUAGGUAUAGAAAUAUCUACCAAACCGCUGAUAUAGUUUGAAUACAAGAGCCUACAGUGUUACUGCUUUGAGUUUAAGGACAUGUUUUUUGUGAGAUCAGAGAUUACCUUAGAGUGUUUACCAAUUGAUACACCCGCUUCAUUGUUUUAAUGGUUUUAUUUUCAAAUGUAAGAUCUAGUGAGUGAGUAGCGGCAGAUUUAACCUCGAGGGCUAGGGACUGUCCACUGUCCAAGUACACACAGAUCGAAGACCUUUGACCUUGAUGAACUCAAUAAACCUACAUUGUUAAUGUGUAUUAAAACAGUGUGGAUCACAAACGUUUCCUACCGCCUGGUUUUGUUGCAGAGUGGGUUAGCUUUGAUCUCUUACUCUAACCCAAUUUUAACCCUACCCUUACCUUACUCUAAACCUACCCAACUCUAACAAUGUACAAUAGCACUUUUCUUAUGGAAAUGUUUACACAAACAAACAUACUGUUGUCUGCCAAGUGUGCCAUCUAGUUUCCCUUUAAUAGACACAUUUUUGUUUUUAGAUUUAAUUAUUCUAUAGGUCACCCAUAAUUUAACCUCGGUUCAGCAAAGAAACGACCAGUGAAGCAUGGCGGUGUAUUUCUACCUCGAUGGCUGAACAACAGCUGUAGCUCUGACCCACUUAUUCAUCUAUCCUUAGACUAAUGUCACGUGACCCACUCAUGCCACAUUACUGAAAAGAGACUUUAUCAAUGAAGGGCUGGUUGAUUGACUGUCUGGAAUAUCAUCUGUAGCCCAACAGCGCUCUCUGGGGGACAGGCCUCGGAACAUACACGAGCCGUGUCGCUCUCGCUUAGACAAACUAAUCUUUUGAUCUUCUGAGGUCUCAGCGUCUUCCGUCUGAAGGUUCGUCGGGGUAAUGGAGGUUUUUAUGAAACUAUGCAAAAUCCUUUGUUUAAUGCUCACGUUGCCGCUGUGGAUACUGGAGCAGCUGGGCUUGUACGGUUUAUACAAACGGGUGUUUCCUUUCCUCGCCUAUAACAUAACAUUUUCAUACAAUGACAAAAUGCACAAAGUGAAGCGAAACCUUUUCCGUAACAUCCACAACUUCACCAAUAAGGACCACACUCUGCGACUGCUGGAGAUCGGCUGUGGGAGCGGGGCAAACUUCCCCUUCUAUCCGGGGGGCUGCACCGUGACCUGCACCGACCCCAACCCGCACUUUGAGAGGUACUUGAGGAGGAGCAUGGAGGCGAACACGCACCUGACAUACGAGGCGUUCUUAGUCAUGUCCGGUGAGGACAUGACGGGGGUCGCCGACCAGAGCAUGGACGUGGUGGUCUGCACGCUGGUCCUCUGCUCGGUCCGGGACGUCCGACGGGUCCUGGAGGAGACGCAACGCAUCCUCAGACCGGGCGGGGCCUUCUACUUCAUGGAGCACGUGGCCUCGGCCCGCGGGUCGUGGACCUUCUUCUUCCAGUACGCACUGCAGCCGGCCUGGUACUACCUGGGGGACGGCUGUGUGACCACCAGGGAGACGUGGAAGGACCUGGAGGCCGCCGGCUUCUCCUCGCUCCACCUCUCACACGUGGAGGCCCCGCAGGUCACCUACACCAUCAGGCCGCACGUCCUGGGCUGGGCCGUCAAGUGACGACGGGUGGGUCAGGACCUUAACCUACUGGUUACGGUUACAGAUUGAGGAGCCACACCCGGCCUAUUUGACAGAAAAUAUAUUUUAUUUGCUUACAGGAUCGGAAAGUCAUCGUUUGCUUUUUUAACCUCACUGGAACAAAACACAAAAGGAAAAAAAAUAAAUAUUACCUGGACAGUUGUGCUUUUCCCUGAUUGUCUAAGUAACAGCCAAAUUAAAUCAACACAGAUCGAUCCUCUGGUCUAAUGCCCUUUAUGUUCUUCUGCACAAAAGAAAGAAUGACAGUUGUAACAUUUAUUACCAAGGGAAUGGGGUCGGUUGGUAAGGUUGGUACAGUCACGUUAUGUGAACAAAAAAUCCUCGGGAUGCUGUAACAAGUGGAAAAGAGCCAUUG